CAUGCGAUACAAAAGAAAAUAAAAGCCAAGAAAGGCGGUGAUGUAGAGGGUACAUCGCAUAAGGAUAAAAGUGAAAGGAAGAAACGGAAGCAGAAAGAAAAAGAGAGUAAACGUGAUAAAGAAUCAGUGAAGAAAAAAAUCGAAGACAGCGACGAAGACGUUGAACAUACACCGAAACAUUCGGAUCAUGAGGACGAAUUUGCAAAAUCGAAAUCUCCACCUCCGGCAUCACCAAAAUGGGAUAAUGGUACAAAAGAAGAGCAAGAUGAUAUGUAUGAUCAGUACCAACACCCAUCCGAAAUUCAACGGAAGCAGAAGCACAAAUCAGCGAUGGCCGAUCUAUUGAAUAAACGACGCGAAAAGAGAGAAGCUGAACAAAAGAAGAGAGCAGAAUCGAGGAAGUCAGAGUUGGACAUCGACGAGGUGUUUGGUAAAGAUGACGACGAUAGCGAUGAGGAUAACGAAAAAAGUUCGAGCUCAUCAAGUCGCAGCACAAGUCGCUCGUCGAGUCGCAGUUCCAGUAGAAGUCGAUCUCGAAGUGUCUCACCACAAAAGAAACGAGAAGUUGACUGUUUGACGGAUAUUCAGCGUAUACGUUUGUCACGUUUUAAAUUAGCAAAUUUCGUACAUGCACCGUUCUUCUCGAAAACGGUUAUCGGUUGUUUCGUGCGCAUUGGUAUCGGCAAAAAUAAGGAAGGUCGAAGUGUUUAUCGGGCCGCUCAAAUAAUGGACGUUGUUGAGACGGCGAAGGUUUACCAGUUGGAAUCAACACGAACCAAUAAGGGUUUGAAACUGAAACACGGUAAAGAUGAGCGUGUCUAUCGUUUGGAGUUUGUUUCGAAUUCGCCGUUCACCGAUAGCGAAUUCAUAAAAUGGCUGGACGCAACGAAAGCUGCUAAAAUACCUGUGAUAACGAUUGAUCACGUUGAAAAGAAGGAAGCAGAUAUCAAGAAGGCGUUGAACUAUCGUUACACGGAUGAGGACAUCGAUAAGGUUUCCGUUGAAUUUGUGUAUUUUUUCGCGAGUAUUUGA